CUCGUUAAUGUCCAUGAUAUUUAUAAGACUAGGAUCAUAUCACAUACUACGACGUACGAAAUUACUCAAUGCAAGGACUCUCGAGAGAAAACGUUAGAAACUCGCGCCGGGAAAUACCGUUCCAAAACAUGGCGGCUUUGCUUCAAGGUCACAAAUCUUGGCCCCACAAAAAUCAAAGGAAUCGACGCAUGACUAGUAAUUCUCUGAAAGAAGAAACCAAUUAUCUGGUUGUUUCAUUCAAUGAACCAAAUAUAGCAAAUGAAGAGACUGUGGACUUAAUCUGUCGAUCGUGGGCUGUGUGUGAUGAAGGCACUUGGUUCUGUCAGUAUCCCAAUCCAAAAGAUUAUUUAAAACGAAAUCGCUGGUUAAAGGAAUCAAAAGAUCCGGAACCUGAAUGGAUAAGAUACAAAAUUACAAUCUUAAAGGAAGCUCGUGACUACGAACAGGGUACAAGGCGUCUUCGGAGAUCGUACAAAGACACAAAUGUUGCAAGCACUGAUGAGAAUGACUGCGAUGGCACUGAUACACUGCCAAUUAAAUUAUCUAAGGGUACUAGAAAAUCAUUUCUUCAAGAAUCAAUUAUAGAGGAGAUGAAUAGUUCUCAAGAGACCGAAAUUAUAUCCACACCUGAAUCGAGACAUUUGCCAUCAGCAACAGGCGUACAUCUAAAUCAGCUAUCAACAAACAAUGACGUGACUGACAACAUAACGUCCACCCCUAAAAGUGCUCGGCGAAUGUUACAUAAGGAUAAUGAACCUAAGGACAAAGACAUAAAUGGAAAUGUUUCGCCUUCUGCCAAGCCCCGUGAAAACAUAAGUCAAAGAGCCUCGCAGGUUGAUGUAGCUAAUGUAGCUGAUGAUGAUGAUAUUUCACGAGGCAAUUGGAUGGGCUACAUAGACGAAAAAAUGGGAGAAUUGGAUAUUAAAAUUACCGCUGCGAUCACCUCUGCUAAAAGAAGUAUUCUGUACGAUCUUAAUAAGAAAAUGGACGAGAUCAAGAAUACUAUAAUUGUGUCAGUCGGAGGAAAUGCGCAAGGAGGAAAUGUAUCAAGUGUACGAGACCAAUUGGGAACCGCUUUACCAAUAAAAAGUCUAGAUGAUUUCUUAACUUUCGAAAUUGAAUUAUCUACUGACGACCAGAAAAAGCAAUCACUUAAAUCACUUAUUACUGUCCUAAUUGCUGGAUCCAACUCGUGGAGAGACGACGUCGGGAAGAUUUUAAAUGCCAUACUCUCGAAGGCAGUGCAAAUUCAUUACAGUGGUUGUGGAAGAAAAGUAAAGGGAAAAGGAAAGCGUAAUUUUAGCGAAACUGUUGUAUUUUCGUGUAUGAAAGAUGUCAUUGAAGAACAUUAUAAAAAUAUUACUGAACCACUGCAACUGGUUUCAAGAGUGAGUCGCUGGCUUGCUGGUGCAGGGGAUCGAGAGGGUGGUCGAGUUGGGCGCUCCACGAAUGCAUGAAGUUCCUUUGAACACGUAUUACAUUGAACAAAUGCGUUUUCCUGCAUUACAGUUGAUCUGUUUUUUUUUUUUUAAUUUUUUUAUUAUGGUAAUAAAUAAUCAUAUAGGUGUUUAGUAAACACCUUUAGCAGAUUGAUCCAAAUCCGUUACCCGGAGUUCUGAUAUUUUUUUUUUUUAGUAACCGCCUGUGAAAUCGAAAAAAGAGAUCCAUUUGCAGACCUAAUUCUAUUUCAUUAAAAUAAUAUCUAUUAUCAGAUUCGAAAUGAUGAGUAUUUUGCGAGAUAAAGAUCAUAUACUCGUUUACGAAUCUGUACUUUCAGGGUGAGUCGAAUAGAAAUCCCGUUUUCACUAAUAGGUAAUUAGAAGCUACGAUUUGCCUUAGAAAAUUCGAUUUACCAUGUGUAAUAGAAAUUCCUUCUUUCAUUUCAAAGACUAACUUUUUUCGAUGUGGUGGCAGAAGAAAAAAUCGAUUUUUUUCAAACAGUACAACUCUAAAUAUAUACUCGGCCUUUAUUCUUACGUGUAUACUAUAAACAUGACAAUUAGUAUGCUUAGAAUAUAAAUAAUUCAUAUAUAUUGAUAUAUAUAUUUUAUGAAAUAAAAACAUACAUAUGUAUAUUAGUACAGUCCUA